GCCAAUUUCAAAUUCUAAUUUACUUACUUUCUCUCUGCUGCAUUCUUUGAAUUCAUUUCGACUAGCAACAAUCGGCUUCGCAACUAGUCUUUUACCAAAAUAACCAUCUCGACAUAACUCCAACAAUCUUAUUAAUAAACAGCAGCUUCCAUGUCGUUCCUAGCAUCUAUAUUUGACAUGUUUUUGGGAUGUUGUAUAUCCAGUUCUAAUCUCAGUAUCAAUGGAAGAGCAUACCGCAUUGUAAAGCUACUAGGAGAAGGAGGGUUUUCAUUUGUUUAUCUAGCCCAGGAUGGGUCAGGUAAUUUAUAUGCUUUAAAGAAGAUUCGUUGUACAUUAGGUACAGAGGAAGCAGAUUUAGCACAAAGAGAAGUGGAUAUAUAUCGAUUAUUUUCUCAUAAAAAUAUCAUCAAGUUGUUGGAUUCUAGUACAAUUACAGAGUCGGAUGGUAGUAAGACGAUUUAUAUAUUUCUUCCCUAUUACAAGAGAGGUAAUUUGCAAGAUGCAAUCAACAAACAUAAUUUAAACAAGACGCAUUUCCCUGAAUCCGAUAUGAUUCGCAUGUUUCGAGAAAUUUGUGUGGCUGUGAAAGCCCUGCAUACAUACAAGGCUCAAGGUGGCGCUCGGGUUAUGUACGAACCCAGUCAGGUUAUUUCCACUGAAGAUGAAAAUCGACAAGAUGAAGCACUAUUAAGCCGUAACCCACAAGAUGAAUCGAGCGGCGGUGAGCAAGUAGCUGUUGGAAAGAGAGGAGAAAUGGUUCCCUGGGCACACAGAGAUAUCAAACCAGGAAAUGUGUUGAUUGCUGACGAUGGAGAGACUCCUAUAUUGAUGGAUUUUGGCUCUGCGUGUCCUGCCCGGAUUCAUAUUGAAAAUAGACAGCAAGCGCUGUCACAACAAGAUCUUGCAGCUGAGCAAUGUACAAUGCCCUAUAGGGCACCUGAAUUAUUUGAUGUAAAGACUGGUACAACAUUGGAUGAAAAAGUGGAUAUCUGGUCAUUAGGUUGCACACUCUUUGCUAUGGCGUAUGGGCAGUCUCCUUUUGAGGUCAACAUGGACCAAGGUGGGUCUGUCGCAUUAGCGGUGCUUAAUAACCAGUAUAAGUUUCCUGCCAAAGACGAUCAUUAUUCACAAGAUGUCAAGGAUGCUAUUAAAUGGAUGUUAACAGCAAACCCUGCAGAUCGACCAAACAUUCACCAGGUAUUGCAAAGAAUGGAUGAUAUAUCCAAAGAGACUAGUUCAAACGAAUAAUAAAAAAGUCGCAAAAAUUGUAUUUUAUAAUG